ACCAGUGUGUGUACUGUAAAGGCGAAGACCGAAUAUAAAUGUACAAUAUGGGUUGGAAUUUAGAGCCAACCGUGUUUGACCCUUCUCCAAUUCUUCACCCACGAUGAGUCGAUGCAGCCCUCCCCUGUUUUCUUCACUUCUCCCACCCAUUCUCAGCUUCUGAACCACCCAUUUUACCCUCUUUUCUUCUUCCAUUUCGGAUUUUCGAUUUCACGUUCCUUCGUCUCUGUUUUCCAUGGCGGACAUAAAGUUAAUCUUGGCUCGCCCUAUUCAAUUGGCGGACCAAGUCACCAAGGCUGCGGACCAGGCUACCAGCUGCAAGCAUGAGUGCGCUGACCUCAAAGCCAAGACCGAGAAGCUUGCUACUCUUCUUCGUCAGGCGGCUCGAGCGAGUUCCGAUCUCUAUGAGCGACCGGCCACUCGGAUCAUCAACGAAACUGCACAGGCCUUAGAUAAAGCUCUUUCUCUUGUGCUCAAAUGUACUGGAAAUGGCCUUAUGAAGCGCCUUUUCACAAUUAUCCCUGCUGCCGCCUUCCGAAAAUCCUGCUCCCAGCUCGAUAAUUCCAUCGGCGAUGUCUCGUGGUUGCUCCGAGUUUCCGCCUCCGCCGAGGAUCGUGGCGACGAGCAUUUGGGUCUUCCCCCAAUUGCUGCUAACGAACCCAUUCUAGGUUACAUCUGGGAACAGAUUGCUAUUCUCUCAACCGGUUUGCCGGAAGAUCGAGCGGACGCGGCAGCGUCGCUGGUUUCUUUGGCGAAAGAUAGCGAGAGAUAUGGGAAACGGAUAAUUGAAGAAGGCGGCGUUGGGGCGUUGCUGAAAUUGCUGAAAGAAGGUAAGGUUGAAGGUCAAGAAAACGCUGCAAAUGCGCUAGGGCAUUUAGGGCGUGACCCUGAGAAUGUUGAGGCCAUGAUUCAGGCUGGUGUCUGUCAGGUGUUUGCGAAAAUUCUCAAAGAAGGUCCGAUGAAAGUUCAGGCUGUGGUUGCUUGGGCUGUAUCGGAACUCGUUUCUAGUUACCCAAAAUGCCAAGAUCUCUUUGAACAACACUAUAUUAUCCGCUCGCUUGUUACCCAUCUUGCGUUUGAAACAGUUCAAGAACAUAGCAAGUACAAUAUCACUGUCAAUAAAGCCACCUCGAUUCAUGAUCUGGUAAUGGCUAGCAACCCCAAAACAAACAAUAUGUAUAAAGCUGUAGAUGAUGAUGAUCGACAGCUCCAUAGUCGGAUUCUUCAUCCAAUGGGAAAUCGAACCCCUAACCAGAUGCACGCCGUGGUUACCAACACUAUGAAUAUGCUCGCUGGUGGGUCGGUAGCGGCUGCCACUGCAACUCCCCUGGCAAACCAUGGCGAAGGUCACAGCCUUAGCAGCAAUGGAAAGCAUAUUCUUCCACAUCAUGCCCCUUACCUUCAUCAUGCUCCUUUCGGCCCCAGCGCGAAAGGUAGGGAGACUGAGGACCCGGCAACGAAAACCCAGAUGAAAGCCAUGGCAGCUAGAGCCCUUUGGCAGCUUGCCAAAGGGAACUUGACAAUCUGCCGUAGUAUCACAGAAUCAAGAGCUCUGCUGUGUUUUGCUGUCCUACUUGAAAAGGGGGAACAGAAUGUGCGGCAUAACUCAGCAAUGGCAUUGAUGGAGAUCACUGCCAUGGCUGAGGACGAUCCUGAGCUGAGAAGGUCCGCCUUCAAGCCGACUUCACCCGCCUGCAGAGCCGUUGUGGAGCAGUUGCUGAAGAUCAUUGAGAAAGAAGAUGCAGAUCUCCUCAUCCCAUGUAUCAAAUCCAUUGGAAAUUUGGCCAGGACGUUCCGGGCCACUGAGAAAAGAAUGAUCACCCCAUUGGUGCGGCUUCUGGAUGAUCGAGACACCGAGGUCUCGAAGGAGGCCUGCAUUGCUCUCACCAAAUUUGCCUGCACAGACAACUUCCUCCACGUCUACCACUGCGAGGAAAUCAUAGCUGCAGGUGGGGCAAAGGACUUAGUCCAGCUAGUGUACUUUGGGGAACAAAGUGUUAAAAUUGCGGCAGUAACUCUGUUGUGCUACAUUGCCCUGCACUUGCCUGAUAGAGAGGAGCUUGCACGGGCCGAGACGCUUCCCGUGAUCGAAUGGGCGUCGAAACAAUCUCAUUUGACGCAGGACGAAACAAAUGAAAGACUCUUACAUGAGGCUGGAAGUAAGCUAGAGCUGUUUCAAUCUAGAGGUCCAAGAGGAUACCAUUGAUUUCAACUCGAUCAUUACAGGCAAAAGCUUCUGAUCUCUUCCAUAAGUUGAAAUUUUUUCCAUUUGAACCCAUUAUUUUCGUUCGAGUGUACGUAUUAGAUUCAUUUUUCAUCCACAAUUGUUUAGAAAGUAACGUAAUAAUUUAGUGAAAUUUGGUUGGUUGCUUCAUCUGCCUGUCAUGGAGACAAAGUUUACAAAUUCCUCCAUGUUUGAUUUCAAACGACCGGAGCAUCCUAUGGAGUUGUUAAUCCCUGUCAUUCAUCUGCCUGUAAUUCAAUUUAUAUGUUUUUGAUGA